UAAACGUCGCGUCGUCAAAGAAAGCUAGCCAUUUUCAACACUUUUGAUUGAGUCAUAAUUUGUCAAAAUAAAAUAAAAAUAAACGCACACAUUGGGGACUGACCGAUAGUAUAGAUUUGAGAAAAAUAUGAAACGGACCAAAUUUGGACAUGGGAGGGGUCGGCCUGGCGGCAGCGGAUUGUGUAUUUUGAUUCUGAGUGGAUGAUUCCCGCUUCAUCUUCCACAAUUCUGACAUUUGCCACCUCGCUCUCCUGCCAGCAGAGAGUUAAAUUUCCUCGCGCCACCCAACACAAAUUGUUGGUCCAUGAUGCCAGCCCCCCCAAAAUCCACCCCCCACCCCCAACUUCGCUUCCUCGCUCCCCAGCCAAUCGGAGCACUUCACAGGGGGAGGGGCUUCCCACGCGUGGAUUUGUGCGUGGAUUUGUGUGUGUUUGUGUGAAGGGAAAAGUAAGAGAGCGGUCUGGAAGGGAAGGAAGUUGUGGGCGAGCGAGCGAGCGAGCGAACAGGCUGGGAUGCAUGCUCAUACUUACUCUGUUGCACUGAUUCCACUAGAAACCGCCAAAAAUGAUGAACUUCAUACAACUCACUGAUUUGAAGCGUGGCGGCCCUGAGCGCCCGUGAGCGUCGGGCCAUGGAAAAACGGGAGUCGGGCCGGACCGCCGGUCCGGUGGUGCGUCAGAUCGACAAGCAGUUUUUGGUGUGCAGCAUCUGUCUGGACCACUACCGCAACCCCAAAGUGCUGCCCUGUCUGCACACCUUCUGCGAAAGCUGCCUGCAGAACUAUAUUCCACCCGAGUCUCUGACGCUGUCGUGUCCUGUAUGUCGGCAGACGUCCAUCCUGCCGGAGAAAGGCGUGUGCGCUCUGCAGAACAACUUCUUCAUCACCAACCUGAUGGAGGUCCUGCAACGAGAGUCCGAGUGUUCGAGACCUGAGGCCUGCAGCGUCCUGGAGUCGGUUAGCGCCGCGGUGGUGGGGAAACCGCUCAGCUGCCCCAACCAUGAGGGGAAGGUCAUGGAGUUCUACUGCGAGUCGUGCGAGACUGCCAUGUGUCUGGAGUGCACGGAAUGCGAGCACCGCGAACACGUCACCGUCCCGCUGCGCGACGUCGUGGAGCAGCACAAGGCGGGACUCAAGAGCCAGCUGGACGCCAUCCGCAGCAGGUUGCCCCAGCUCACGGCGGCCAUCGAGCUGGUGAGCGAGAUCUCCCGCCAGCUGACCGAGCGCAAGAACGGAGCGGUGGCGGAGAUAACCGGCACUUUCCAGGAGCUGGAGCGAGCCUUAGAGCGGCGCAAGACGACGUUGGUGGCCGACCUGGAGAACAUCUGCGGCGCCAAGCAGAAGGUCCUCGAGGCCCAGCUGGCGGCUCUCCUCCAAGGCAGGGAUCACAUCCAGAGCAGCUGCAGUUUCACCGAGCAAGCGCUGAACCACGGCAGCGCCACGGAGGUUCUGCUUGUCCAGAAGCAAAUGAGUGAGCGCGUGACGGCGGUGGCGAGACACGACUUCCCAGAGAGACCGCAUCAGAACGCACACCUGGACUGUCAGGUGGAGACUGAAGGUCUGCGCCGGUCCAUCCAGAAUCUCGGCGUUCUGCUGACCACGUCGGCGGUGGCUCACACCUCGGUGGCCACGGGCGAGGGUCUACGCCACGCCACCACCGGCCAGCGCCACAGCAUCACCGUCACCACCAAAGACAAAGACGGCAAACUAGUGAGGACGGGUAACGCGGUUUUGAAAGCGGAGAUCACGUCGGUGGGGGACCGCAGCCGCGCCGCCGAAACGGAAGUGACGGAUAACAAGAACGGCACGUACGAGGUGGGCUACGCGCUGCGCGGCGAGGGCGAGUACGCGUUGGCGCUGAGCCUGUAUGGGCAGCCGGUGGGCGGCAGCCCCUUCCGCCUGCGCGCCGUCAAGCCCCGCGACGUGACGCCCUCGCCCGACGACGUCAAACGCCGCGUCAAGUCGCCCGGUGGCGCCGCCGGCCACGUCCGGCAGAAGGCGCUCAGGCGGCCCUCCAGCAUGUACGGCACUGUUAAGAAGAAGGAGAACCCCAUCGAGGACGAGCUCAUCUACAGAGUCGGAUCCCGAGGGCGCGAGCGAGGCGAGUUCACCAACGUCCAGGGCAUCUCGGCGUCCGGUGACGGCCGAGUGGUGGUGGCGGACAGCAACAAUCAAUGCAUCCAGAUCUUCUCCAACGACGGCCAGUUCAAGAUGCGCUUCGGCGUCCGCGGCCGCUCGCCGGGCCAGCUGCAGCGCCCCACCGGCGUCGGCGUGGAUUCCAACGGCGACAUCGUGGUGGCCGAUUACGACAACCGCUGGGUCAGCAUCUUCUCCCCGGACGGCAAGUUCAAGAACAAGAUCGGGUCGGGCCGCCUGAUGGGUCCGAAGGGCGUGGCCGUGGACAAGAACGGCCACAUCAUCGCGGUGGACAACAAGGCGUGCUGCGUCUUCAUCUUCCAGGCCAACGGGAAGCUCGUCACCAAGUUCGGGGGACGCGGCGUUUCCGACAGGCAAUUUGCAGACAAACUUCUCCCAAACGUAACUAAGUCAGGCUCAGUGUUCAGUCCUCACUUCGUGGCCGUCAACAACAAGAACGAAAUCGUCGUCACCGACUUCCACAACCACUCGGUCAAGGUUUACAGCGCCGACGGCGAGUUCCUGUUCAAGUUCGGCUCUCACGGCGAAGGCAACGGUCAAUUUAACGCGCCCACCGGCGUCGCCGUCGACGCCAACGGCAACAUCAUCGUCGCCGACUGGGGGAACAGCAGGAUACAGGUUUUCGACAGCACGGGCUCGUUCCUGUCGUACAUCAACACGUCGGCCGACCCGCUGUACGGCCCCCAAGGCCUCGCCCUCACCUCGGACGGACACGUGGCCGUGGCGGACUCGGGAAACCACUGCUUCAAGGUCUACAGAUACUUGCAGUAGUACCCGUCGCUCCCGAAGCUAGCCGACGAAACAAGCCACUGGGAAUCCCCGCAACGGACUUUUGUGGUUUUUGUUGUUGUCUUUUGGUAGCUAGAUCCGUACAAAACGUCCUCUCGUUUCCGAACACAAUGAAACAUUUCCAGCUGCACGCUCAACCCUUGACGCAACAUCACGUGAGAACGUUGUCGUUUUACAAAGUCUGAAUUUUACAUCAGUGAAGUUUUCUUGAAAUUCCAGAAAAUUCGAUGAACAUCUGUUGUCCCGCGAAAUUAUUAACGUAAUGCGUAAAUGAUCUUUAGCAGGAACGAUUGUUCAAUUUUAUGAGAAUUUCUUUUUACAUUACGAGAAAGAAAGUUGUCAUAUUACGUAGAGGAAAAGGAAGAGUAUCAAUUGCAAUAUUCUGAAAAAUCAUUUGUGAAAAGAUUUUGUAACAUUUAAGGAAAAAGUUGCAAUAACAGUGCAAAUUAUAAUUAUUAAUUACUAAAUACGUGUAAAUUAAGGUUGCAAGAGAUGUUUACAUGAAAAUGUGUAAUACUUUCCAGCAAAGAAUUAUGGUGUUUUUGGGGGCGAAAAAAAAAAUAUUUUUCUUUUUUUUUUUACCUCAUAAGGAUAAAUCUAAUAUUUCACGUCGAAAACUUUUUAUGGGAAAACAGUAUAAACAUUUUGAAAAAAAAAAAAAACAAUUUACAAAGACGAGAUCUGAAAAAAAUCGGAAUUUUACCAGUCUGACUCUUCCUAAAAAAAUAGAAUGUUGAGACAAAAAAAAAAUCGGAAUUUUGUAAAAUAAGUUAUUUUUACAGAGUUAAGUCAGAAUAUUUUACGACGAUAGUUUUGGGCAAAAAUUAUUGCAUAACGAACAUGCAAAAAAAAAAAAAGAUGCACAAAAAAUGCAGGAUUAACGAAGUAGUAAUGUCAUAAGAAAAAAAUAAGAUUCGGAAUAUUACGUGGUAAAAUUGUACUGACAAAAAAUGUUACGUGGCUAUUUUAAGGGAAAAGUCUAAAUUAUACGUUUUUAUUGUCCAAUGCUAACUCGUUCUUUUUUUCCGUUAUCCAAAGCACAAACUGAAGAAGAAAUCCCCUCUCUAAUUGUACAUAACUAAUUGAAGCUAAAUGAGCCCAACUUUAGUGUUUGUAGCGGACUCCCAAUAGGAAUAUUUUUAUAAUUCUGCCGAAACAUCAAAACCAAACUCCUGCCAAAACAUUUAUUGUACCAGCACUGUAUAUCAUGUAAGAAGAGUAAUAUAUAGAAAUGUAUAUGUGUAUAUUUGUUUUUGUGUGUGUGUGUGUGUUUCUGUGUGAAUGAAACAGCAGCUGACACCAAACAUGACAAAUAAAGUUUCAUUGUAAAUAAAAACAUUUACAAAAAGUGUCGUGGUCGUAAAAACGAAUCAAACGAGCACUUUUUUUCCCCCCUUUUUAAUUUUUUUAAAUCCCGUUUAGACGGUAACUCUAACAUACAAUAAAGAGAUCAUCCUUAUAUACAUUACAUAUUGAACUUUAUAUGGCACUGAUGAAUCCUGAAAAAAAAAUACUUGAAAUGAAAUAAAACAGAAUUUGCAAAAAAAAAAAAAAAAAAACAUUUUACAGCCCCUUAAAUCAGUUUGAUCAAUUUUGGUAGCGGUUUGGAGACGAAAAGAGAACAAAAAAGUUUGACGACUGCAAAACGUGACACCCUUAAAUCUCUUUUGAAACCCUAAUUUCAAAUCGUAACCCUAUUUUGGAACCCUACCUUGAAACCCUAACCCUGUUUUGGAACCCUAAUUUGAGACCCUAAGCCUGUUUUGAAACCCUACUUUGAAACUCUUAACCCGGUUUUGAAAACCUGACCCUCUCUUAAACCACUAAACCUAUUUUGAAACCUUGUUCGAACACCAUGCGCUCUUUCACAUUUGUUUCUUUGAGAUAUCAUUUUUUGUUAUAGAAAAAAAAGAGCUGUUGUAACAGUCUUGGAAAUAUGAAUAUCCUUCCAUACAAUAGGACAACAAUUCCAUACUUCUCCAGACAGACCUGGAAAUUUAUGAAAUAAAAUUCCGCAUUUUUCUAUACUUGCGUAGGAAUUAAAGGGAUUAAUAAUAAAAAAAUAAAACAUUUGUAGCAGAAAAUCCGGAAAUAAUAAUUACAUGAUGAUGCCUGUCGAGUUAGUUUGACAUAAACAAAAUUACAAAAAUUGAAAACAAAAAGACCACCUGACAAAAUAAUAAUAAAAAAAACCACCACCUGACAAUGCUAGUUUAGGGGAGUAGAUAAUUAAAAAAGAAAAGUUGAAACCAUGAAAAGUAAAACUUUAAA